AUGGUGAACGUACUGAAAACCCACCAAACUUUUUGUAAGAAAUGUGGCAAACAUCAGCUCCACAAAAUCACACAGUACAAGAAGGGCAAGGAUUCUCUGUAUGCCCAGGGAAAGCGUCAUUAUGACAGGAAACAGAGUGGUUACAGAGAUCAAACUAAGCUUAUUUUCCGGAAAAAGGCUAAAACUACAAAGAAGAUUGUGUUGAGACUUGAAUGCAUCGAGCCCAACUGCACAUCUAAGCGAAUGCUGGUCAUUAAGAGAUGUAAGCAUUUUUAACUGGGAGGUGAUAAAAAGAGAAA